AUGCAGGCACAUCGGUCGAGCAAUGAAAACAGCGAAGACGAGGAGGAAGAUUUCCUCCCGACUAUUCCUGUGCUGCUUGUGAACACCUCCGAAGCUGAUAGCGCUGAACCUACGCGUGCUGGAGAAGAGAGUGUGCGUGGGAAACGACCUCGUUCACUGGGGCCCAGCGAUCUAAAUGAUGAACCUAUUGAUACCAGCGAUGAUGUACAAGAAGGGGUGAGCAAAUGCAAGAAGCAGCAAAGCACCAUGGAUAUGCUGAGCGCGGAGGGAUACCCUUGCUCCUUCUUGUAUGAACGAAGCUACCGGCAUGGAAGUCCUGUGCAGGACAUUGCCACAUUAGCAGAUGAUAACGGUGCGCUGAUUGUAACCGUUGACGCAGUAGGAGUGGUGCGUGCUUGGCGUAAGCUUCCCCGUGGCGUUUUCUUCACGGGAGAGUACAGAAAGUUUUUCCCCAAAAGCGUGGAAUCAGAGGAGGUCACUAAUGCAGGCCUUCACUUUGUCCUGCCGGACCCGGUAAACUCAUGUAUUUUAUUCGUCUGCGUCACUCCGCAUGCUGCUGAUGAUACUGGGAAUAUCAGUGUAAACGUCGAGGUAUCUCGUGUGAAUGGCCCACUCAUGGCGCUCGAAGGGCGGUUUUCACUUCAGUUUAAUGCCGCCCGUCGGUGCCACCCUUCUGCUACGCAACCGUGGAAAGAGUCAUUCACCCCACGACCGUUUUUGUUUCAUCACGAUUAUCAACCGUACAUUGCCUUCUUCGCGAAACGAGACGAUGAUACCAACGGUGUUGUCUUCAUUCCGUGCGGGGUCGAGAAGUCGUCACGUCUCUGCGGCUCUGAUUUCACAAAGGAAGGCCAGCCCAUUCCUACUGUGGCGUUGAGUUGUGCAAAUUUGAUAGUCUGUUGCCAGCAGCAUCUUCCGAGUGGAUUGAUUGUCCUUGUUGACGAGGAGGGAAUCGUGGACUACGCGCGAAUUGUUGAGCAUCUGAACGAUGAAGGAAGAACAAUCCUUUCUCUCCGGGUUGUUGGGGGCUUCCCAUCGCGCAGUGCAGCAGAUCCACUGAAAGUCAGGCAAUGGAUCACAUUCGAGAGACGACAAAAGACGGGUUUUUUUGCCUUGGUGCGUGAAGUCACAUGUGCCGCGAAAACAGGGAAGGUGAUCAUACCACUUAGUGUUGAUUUUUCACCAACCGGAAACUAUUUCACGGUGUCUAGUGCUUCCCUGCGUCGGGGCGCUGUUUGCGUCCUCCUGCAUCUCUUCGAGUUUGCUAGCGGAGUAUGCCUUUGCAGCAGUGAAACGAGUGAAGUGCCUUGUCCUCAACUUGGUGAGCUGUGUACUCUACAAGAGGCGAAAAGCAACCUGCGAGGUUUCGUGUUUAAUGCAGUUAUCAAGGAUAGUUUUAACUCCUCGCCCCGUGGCGUGUGGAUUUUUGUCCCAGAAAUAACUGUGGUGCCAGAGCCGUCCAGGGAAUGUGUGGGUGGUCGACGUAUUGCGACGUUUCGUGCAGCUCCUUCGGCGAAGGAAGCGGGGGCUCUGAAGUCAAGUUUCUACAUCGAGAAACUUCCGUGUUCAAUUGGAGAAUCGGAAGUUGAUGUUCGUGGUGACAGCAUGCCCAUGGGGAUCAUAAAUUCCUUUUCGCAGAUGGCCUGUGGAGAAUUUAGAUGUUUUGCUGCCCCCCUUAAGUUACUGAGGUUGUGUGUCCCCGCUAGUCAAGCUCUGAAGAACCUCGUCGCACAGUCUCCGGUUGGUUGUGCGCUUUCGAAGGAAGACAUUAAGCGACUUUUUGAAGCGGCAAGCUGUGCAACGCCCUCGGCUGGCUUUACGGAGGAGCAUAACUCUUAUGCUGAUGACCCGACGAUUUGUACAACAUCCCUGGGAGGAAAUGCCCUUCUGCUGUACACAAAAUACGAAAUCUCCCUAACCGAUUUCGUCAUGCAAAGCGCUGUUGGCAUUCCCAACACAGAUAAAAAUACAGAAGAUGACACGGGAAACGAGAGGCAGCGCGCACUUCUCCUGUCUACGCUGCGUGCGAAACGGGAUUUCGACUGUGAUGAUUUGCUGCAGUUGCAGUCCUCUCUCCAAGUUUUGGCUCCGAGGGAUGAGGAAGAAAGAACAACUUCGGAGGUGGAACAUAGCAAAGCAAGCGAGAAUAGCUGUGGAUUUGACGGUGAAGUGGAGGAGCGGCGAGUUCAAAGUAUUAUCUCCGCCGCUUCAACUCGGGUUGUGUCGUGGACCGAUAUUUGUGUUGGUGCUACCAUAUCUGUCCGUACGUUCGGUACAAUAACAGUACGCCUUAUGCCUCAAUUCGCCCCGAAAGCAGUAACCAAUUUUUCCACACUGUCAAGGCGUGGGUUCUACAACACUCUCACCUUCCAUCGAGUUGUACCGGGUUUCAUGAUACAGGGUGGGUGUCCACAUGGUGAUGGCACCGGGGGACUGAGCUCGUUCGGUGAGCCAUUCGAGGACGAAGGCGUUGACGCAAUGGAUUUCUUUUCUUACCCAAGGGUGCAGUGGCUGUGUAUGGCAAACCGCGGACCGAAUACAAACGAAUCACAAUUUUUUAUCACUUUAGGUGAAGCUACACCGUGGCUAAACGGAAAACACACAGUUUUUGGGUUUGUCACCGCUGGAAAGUCAGUUGUGCUCUCCGUGUCGCAGGUGGAGAGGAACGGAGACGACAAACCAGUGAUGCCUGUCGUUAUUGAUCAAGUUGCGGUAUCUGAAGAAGGGUUAUCGUUGGAAUAG